CUUCUUCCCCGCACCAACCUCCAACGGCCCCCUCACCUGAGGGCCAGUACCUAUGCGAUUCAAGCUAACGCAACGGCAAUAAAUCAACAGCCCGGGUAUCACAGCUGACCAUCAUGGUCCCGCAUUUGUACACGAUGCCGAGUCCCAAGAAGGCGUGGUCACCGAUUUGCUCCCUGCAUGCUGGACGCCAUGUACGUAAGUAAGGUGCAGGACAUUGUAGAUGGUCGAUGUGACGGUGGGGUAAGCGAGCAUAAGAAUGACUUACCUCCCCUACGAUGAACCUCUACCGAGAAGAACACCUUUCAACUUUGAACACGCCAGGCCCUCACCAUGACUGACGACAACCCCCGCCCCUUCAAGAAAGUUCUCAUAGUAGGCGCCGGCCCCUCCGGCCUCCUCCUCGCCCUCCUCCUAGCAAAGCACUCCAUCCCCGUCAAAGUCCUCGAGUCCGCCUCCCAGCUCGACCAGCAACCCCGCGCAGCCCACUACGGCACCCCCGCCAUCCCCGAGUUCAUCCGCGCCGGCAUCAUCGACCAGCUCCGCGCCAACGGCCUCAUCCUCUCGACCAUGUGCUGGCGCGAUCCUGACAGCCAUGAGAUCAUCGCCGGGUUUGACGCCUCCAAAGUCCUCAGUGAUGUCGACGGCCAAGACCUGAGAACACACUGCUAUGUCCUGCAGGAUUUGGACGAGCUGAUGCUGAAGGAGGUGAAGAAGUACGGUGGGGAGGUGGAGUUUGAUGCCGAGGUUGUCGGGGUUGGUCAGGAUGAGGAUGGCGAGGUGGGGGGGAGGGCGUGGGUGGAGGUGAAGAGGAAGGGAGGGGAGGUGGAGAGGGAGGAGGCGGAUUAUGUGGUUGGUUGUGAUGGGGCGAAUAGUAUUGUCAGGAGGAGCUUGUUCGGGGAUCAGUUUCCUGGGUUUACUUGGGACGCGCAGAUUAUUGCUACUAAUACGUUUUACGACUUUGAGGGAAAGUUUGGGUGGCAUGAUGCGAAUUUCAUCGUUCACCCGGAGAACUUCUUUAUGGCCGCCCGCAUCACAAAAGACAACAUGUACCGCAUCACCUACGGCGAAACACCCGGCCUGACCCGGGAAGAGUACAUCGCCCGUCAACCCAUGAAAUUCCAACAGAUGCUCCCCGGCCACCCCAAGCCAGACGAGUACAAGAUUGUCAAUAUUUCACCUUACAAGAUGCACCAACGAUGUGCCCCCAAAUUCCGAGUUGGUCGCAUCCUCCUAGCAGCAGACGCAGCCCAUCUGUGUAACCCAUGGGGAGGGCUGGGCAUAACAGGUGGCUUUGUCGAUGUUGGUGGCCUGUUUGACUGUCUUGUGGGGAUAUGGGAAAACAAGGCCGGUGAGGAUAUUCUGGAGCUGUACUCUGAGAAGAGGAUUGAGAAGUGGCAGACUGUUAUCAACCCCAUUUCACAAGAGAACUUCAGGCGAGUGUCUGAUAAGGAUCCGAGGACGAGAUUUGAGAGGGACGAGUUUAUGCAGCUGUUGAAGAAGGGGGAGACGGAUGAUGUUUUGUUGAAGGAUUUGCUUCUCGGAUUCAUGGAGGUCAGGUACGACUUUACGCAGCAUUAUAAGGUCAGGUGAUGCUUGCGGGUAGGACUAGGUCAUGAGCCACCCUGGGUGGAAGGAUGCAAAGGAGGCAGGAUAAGGUAGCCUUGAAAGCUUCAGUGUGAUAAGGAACCUAUACGGACUGUAGCUUAGUUCCACAUCUUGCCCCUUCGGAAAAGCAAGGUGCACAAGCACCCUGCAUGAGGUCUCCGGCUGUGGUGGAGAAGGGAAUUUGAGCCGCUCCAAUGGAGCGUUGACCAACGAAUACUACCGUAGUUGACAUCAACGCAUUGCGGAUCCACUGGUAGUGACUUGGGUGCCGAGGUGAUAUAGAGGCUCUGAUAACUCCCGCAAGGUGCCAGCGAGUAGAUCAAAG